GCCUCAAUUCUAUCCUUCCCUCUUUCUCUCUCUCUUGUUAAUUGUUAUCAAGUGUGCUAAUGCAGCAAAUGGUUUUUUUUUUUGAUAACACAGCAAAUGGUUUGGCUGGCCGGAAAAUAGCGCCCCUCUCACUCCAUGUCCACUUUUGCAGCGGUCAAAGAGUGCAUCGCAGCCAAACCAUCGCCGCAGCAACCGUUCCCGAACUGACGACGAGCUAGCCAGCUGCACACUGACACGUCGACCCCGUCGCUACCUGGGACCCGCAUGCCAGUGGGCGAUCCCGCACAGCCCACCAGGAUCACAUCUUCCCGGGUAGCUGUGGGUCCCGCCAUCUCCGACCUUUCUCCCCCACCUCACCUCGCCGCGUCGGCGGCUCCGGCUACCCCCACCACGCCUACUAAUGGCAGCCGGAUCUCGGCGACAGCACCGCCGGAGAUGAAGCGCCGCCAUCUCCCGCCAGUCCUCUUCCUCCUCGCGCUCUCGCUCCUCUCCCUCUCCUUCCGCCGCCACCUGUUCCUCCCCCGGGGCCCGUCCCCGUACGCCGCCGACGCGCUCCUCCGCCGCCUCGCCGCCACCGACGUCGGCGGGGACCAGGUCCUGUCCGAGGCGGCCGCGCUCUUCGCCAACGCCUCGGUGUCUUCGUUCCCCAGCAUCGGCAACCACCACCGCCUCCUCUACCUCCGCCUCCCUUACCGCAGCAACGCCACCUCCGCCCCGCGGCAGCGCGCCGUCUCCCGCCUCCGCGUCCCCUUCCAGGCGCUCCCCAGCGACGAAUCCCUCCUCGCCGCCUUCCGCGCCUCCCUCCGCUCCUUCCUCCUCGCGCGCCGUCUCCGCCGCCGGGGUACCAAUGUCGCCGCCGUCAUGGGCGACCUCGCGGGCCUGCUCGGCCGCCCGCGGCGCUUCCCCACCUGCGCCGUCGUCGGCAACAGAGGCAUCCUCCUCGGCUCCGGCCGGGGCGCGCAGAUCGACGCGCACGACCUCGUCAUCCGCCUCAACAACGCCCGCGUCGCGGGCUACGCCGCCGACGUCGGCGCCAGGACAUCGCUCUCCUUCGUCAACUCCAACAUCCUCCACUACUGCGCCGUCCGCUCCGCCAUAACCACCCCCGGCUGCGCCUGCCACCCCUACGGCCGCGCGGUCCCCAUGGCCAUGUACGUCUGCCAGCCGGCGCACCUCCUCGACGCGCUCAUCUGCAACUCCACCGCCACGCCGGCCUCCCCGUUCCCGCUCCUCGUCACCGACGCGCGCCUCGACGCGCUGUGCGCGCGCAUCGCCAAGUACUACUCGCUGAGGCUGUUCGUGUCCACGACGGGGGAGCCGCCGAGCAACUGGACCAGGAGGCACGACGAGAGGUACUUCCACUACUCGUCGGGGCUGCAGGCGGUGGUGAUGGCCCUGGGGGCGUGCGACGAGGUGAGCCUGUUCGGGUUCGGGAAGGCGGCGGGGGCAAAGCACCAUUACCACACCAACCAGAAGAAGGAGCUUGACCUGCACGACUACGAGGCCGAGUACCAGUUCUACCACGACCUUCAGGCGCGGCCGGAGGCGGUGCCGUUCCUCGACGAGGCGCCGGGCUUCAAGGUGCAGCCGGUGAAGCUGUACUGGUGACCGGUGAGGUCGGUAAGAGAUGUAAUUGUGUGAUGUGUUUGUUGUACAAUGUUUACAAUUUGGUGAUAGCUGUGUUUAGUCAGAGAGAAAUUGAAGGGGUUGCGAGACUGUCUAGAUGUUUCAGACCGGGGAGCAUGUGGAAGAGGGGAAAAUGUAGCUCAAUUUUGUAUUGAUCAGAAUUGAUCAAAUUGAUUGUAACUGUUCAUGUCCAUGUAUUUAGAACACUACAAGUGUACACUUGAUUUGACACCGAGAAAAUGUAAUUUCGGAGUAAUGGAAAUGUAAAGAAACUGGUUGAUUUGGAAAUGUGUAUGAAAAAAAAUGCUACCAGGAGUGGUGCUGACCAGGAAACAGUACUGGUGAUUGUUCCUGUAGUCUGUUAUUA